AAUUUUAUUCCAGCUCUCCAUUCGCAUCGACACCGCCUGUCAGUUGACAGCGAAUUCUUAAAACUGUUACUAGUCGGGGAAGUUAAUAAAACUAAAAAGUAUUGAAAAACAAGUGUCUGGGAAGUGUUUGUUUUUUACAACAUCGAGUUGGUUGGCUAUUGUUCCUGGAUUCUGCGAAAAAAAAAAAAACAAAAUGAGUAAUCACAACGAAGGAAUCGACAAUUUGGGUUUCAAAUUUUCAUCCAGUGAUUUGGAGAAUUGUGAAAAUCCCAAUUCAAAUAAAGUUACCCCACAAAAUGAUGUCGAGAAUAAUACAGAGACGACAACAGCAAAACGUGAUAACUGGGGCAAUGACAUUGAAUUCCUAAUGUCCUGCAUAGCUCUCUCCGUGGGCCUGGGUAAUGUGUGGCGAUUUCCCUUUAUUGCCCUGGAAAAUGGCGGCGGAGCCUUCCUGAUACCCUACAUUAUAACACUGCUGCUGGUCGGCAGGCCCAUUUAUUAUUUGGAAAUGAUUUUGGGGCAAUUUUCCAGUCGAGGAAGUGUGAAGGUCUUUGAAUACGCACCAAUUAUGAAGGGCAUUGGUUAUGGCCAAGCCAUACUGACAUUUUUCAUUGCCACCUACUAUUCAUCGCUGAUGGCUUUGACGUUACAUUAUCUGGUGGAUUCAUUCUAUCCCACAUUACCGUGGAGUUAUUGCCGCGAAGAAUGGGGUGAUCAGUGCAUAGAUUCAAAAAUCAAAACGGAUGGAACUUUGAGGGAGGUUGCCAACUUUACUGGUGGCGUAAAAAAAACUUCGGCGGAAUUUUAUUUUGUAAAUAUAGUUCUUCAUGAAAAAGCCAACAUAGAUGAUGGUAUUGGAACUCCCAACUGGAGACUGGCCAUAACUUUGGCCGUGUCAUGGCUGGUAAUAGGUGGUAUCAUCAUUAAGGGCAUCAAAAGUUCCGGCAAAGCUUCCUAUUUUCUGGCCAUAUUUCCCUAUGUUAUUAUGUUGGUAUUGCUGGUCCGUUCCCUCACGCUGCCUGGGGCCUUUGAUGGCGUUCUGUUUUUCCUCACCCCACAAUGGGAUCGUCUGCUGGAUGCCAAGGUGUGGUAUGCUGCUGUUACCCAGGUUUUCUUUUCCCUCACCGUAUGCUAUGGCAUUAUUCUGAUGUAUGCCUCAUUUAAUCGUUUCCGCCAAAAUAUCUACAGAGAUUGUAAUAUAGUGACAUCGUUAGACACGUGCACCUCUCUGUUGUCGGGCAUUGUUAUUUUUGGCAUUUUGGGAAAUUUGGCCCAUGUUUCGAAUAAUCCCGAUAUUAAGAGUGUGGUUAAGUCGGGGCCGGGAUUGGCUUUUAUUUCAUAUCCAGAUGCGAUUGCUAAAUUUGAGGCGGUACCACAGAUUUUCUCCGCCCUCUUCUUCCUCAUGAUGUUCAUUUUGGGAGUGGGCAGUAAUGUGGGCGUCAUUUCAAGUGUAAUAACUGUCAUCUGUGAUGGUUUUCCUGCCAUUAAACGCUGGAUUGUGGUUUGUGUCAUGGUGGUGAUUUGCUACUGCUUCGGCCUGAUGUACAUCACACCCGGAGGCCAAUUUAUUAUGAAUUAUAUUGAUUUCUAUGCCGUCACUUUGGUUGCCAUCGUAUUGGGAAUUUUCGAAUUGAUUGCAGCCAGUUGGAUUUAUGGAGUGAAAAACAUUUGCCGUGACAUCAAAUUUAUGCUGAAAAUUAAGACCUCCAUAUACUAUCGGAUUUGCUGGGGCAUUGUUACGCCAGUAUUCAUGACAGCCGUAUUAAUUUAUAUGCUGGUGGACUAUGAACCACUCAAAUACAAUGAUACACUAUAUCCCGAGAGUCUCUAUGCUCUGGGUUGGUGUAUAUCUGCCGUUGGCAUUGGACAACUCUUAAUAUGGGGCUUUUAUACCGCCUACACUGCUCCCCAGUUUAGCUGUGGGCAACGUUUCAAAGUUGCAUUUAAACCUACCUCACAAUGGGGACCCCUUGAUCCGACAACGCUCAAGGAAUACAAAGAAUAUUGUAAUGACUGCGAACAGUCUUGUGGGGUUGCGAGAAAGGGUCUUUGGUAUAGAUUUUAUGAUAAUAUUUUCGGUUAGCAGUUAUUGUUUUUUAUAGGAAAUGAAUCUUAUAACUUAAUGUGAUGAGUAUUAGAAAUAAAAG